ACAGUUGCUGGGAGUACAAACCUUUAAAUAAUAGUUGAAAAACAAUAGGUCAAAAUGUCUAUGAUCUUCAAUACGGAGUGGGGCUACUUGGAGGCACUAACGCGUGGCUUCAAGAAUGGUAUGCUGAAGCAUUCAGACUAUCUUAACCUCACCCAAUGCGAUUCCCUGGAGGACGUGAUGAUCAGCAUCCAGGGCACAGACUACGGCAUUAUUUUCGGAGGUGAAAACAAGGAACCAUGCGUGGAGGUGAUCGAAAGGGCCUUGAGGGACCGUCUUCUGCAGCAGUACUACUACAUACGCAGUCAUGCGACCGAACCAUUGACCACUUUUAUGGAGUACAUCCGCUAUCCCUUUAUGAUCGAUAACGUGGCGCUUCUGAUUGCUGGCCUGAACAACCACCGAUCCAUGAAGCGUCUGCUGAAGAUGUGCCACCCGCUGGGUGAAUUUGACCAAAUGGGCGCCAUCGAGGUGGCCACCAAUUCCUCGGAGCUCUUCGACGCCAUCCUAAUUGACACGCCCAUCGCCCAGUUUGUGCCACCCGAUCUGCCCAUGGGAGGCCUGCAUCACCUCGACGUGGAGAUUAUCCGCGCCCACUUGUACCGCGCCUAUCUGGAGAAAUUCUAUGCCUUUUGUAAUGAACUGGGCGGCACUACUGCUAACGUGAUGGCCAAUCUGUUGUCCUUCGAGGCGGAUCGUCGUACCAUCACCAUAGCAGUGAAUUCGAUAGACAGCGAAAUCAGUCCAAAGGAUCGGCUUAGGAUGUUCCCCUCCUGCGGCUACUUGCCCAAGAUCGCCCUGGCCAGCAUGUCCGUUCUGAAUGACUCGGAUAAAAUAAGGGACGUGUGCAAUAUGUUCGAUGGAUACGGCAAGAUGUUCGACAACUUUGAGCGCGACACUGACGGCAUGAUCACGCUGGAGGACCGCUUCCUCAUGGUCGAGGCCAAGAAGAAUGUACAGACCUUCCUGCAGCAGUUUCAGUUCGGGGUCUUCUACUCGUUCAUGAAACUCAAGCAUUUGGAGUGUCGCAAUAUCGUUUGGAUCAGCGAGUGCAUUGCGCAGCGCCAGACGGACAAAAUCAAUGCCUACAUUCCCAUACCCUUUGAUUAAUUAAUAAGGCAUUUUUCAUUAGUGGGUACAAUCCAAGCUUUUUUUCGUUCACUAUUAGUUAUAAUUUUUAAAUGAUUUUUUGGUUUCUAAAUUUAGAAAUUUGU